AUGUUGUUGGAUGUCGGUGGAGAAAACCACGAUGUCGUCAAGGGAUCUGACGGGAAAGCUGGAGAGCCAGGAUCCACCGGGCUCAAAGGAGACAAGGGCGAGCCGGGUGUAAGCGGACAACCAGGACCAAAGGGAGAGCAGGGGGCGGCUGGUUUCCCCGGUGUCCCAGGAUCAGAGGGUCCUGAGGGGCAGCCCGGCCCCCGCGGUCCCCCUGGCCCUCCGGGACCUCCAGGACCCCCACAGCGCGGCUACGCACUGGACUACGAGGACAUGGAGCAGGAGGAGCAGAGCGGCUUCGGUCCACAGCUGGGCAGAAGUUCACAGGGCCACGCUGGAAUCCCUGGACUUCCUGGACCGAGGGGAAACGAUGGAGCAGACGGAGCCCCAGGGAAACCGGGUCAAAAGGGGGAGGCCGGGGAUGUUGGAAGACCAGGAUUCCCAGGACUGGAAGGAAUAAAGGGGGAACGGGGGCCCAGUGGGGACAAAGGUGAUCCAGGACAAAAGGGAGCACCAGGGCGUGAUGCGGUGGGGGUGCCAGGAGCUCCAGGACCUCCUGGAGCUCCAGGACAAAUCAUCAACCUACAGCAGUUUGUGAAUGACACAGAUGGUGCCUUCAAUGUCUCCGAGAUUUUGGACGUUUUUUCAGCAACGGGGGCACAGGGGCCAAAAGGUGAUCUGGGAUUACCAGGUAUCCAGGGCCCUCCAGGACUCAAGGGCGACAGAGGAGAACCUGGGUUUAUUAUUUCUGCCAAUGGAACCAUGAUUUCAGCCGUAAAAGGACCAACAGGAGCCCAAGGAGCAAAGGGAGACAUUGGUGUGCAUGGACCUCCGGGAUUACCAGGACCAGUUGGCCCCGCUGGACCAAAGGGAGAGUUUGGAUUUCCGGGAAGACCUGGACGUCCAGGUCUGAACGGGCGCAAAGGAGAGAAAGGAGAUGCUGUUGGUUUGCAGAUACUCAGCAUUCAGAAAGCCUUGACAAGUCCACAUGUCAACCAUGAGAAGGUGGCAGGAGGAGGAGAUUAA